AGCACAAUGGAUAGUUCUGAAGACGCUUGGUGGCGCCAGUAGGUAACUUAGAUCCUGUGAUGUCUCAUGAGUCAUUCCAGCAAUCUCCCCGAAAGCCGGUGUGUGUAGCCCCGCAUUUGACUGAAGGACAUACACAAGUGAGUGGGAAAGUCUGCUCCAAGAUCAAGAGGGACCCUGAAGAGAAGCAGCUUCUAGUAUCUCAAAGAAGCUGCACUGACUGCAAGAGAGGGAUUGCCCCACCACCGAACCCGCACAUGUGCACCACCCUCGCAUCACAUUUCUAGAAUGCAGAAGUAGCAGUUUGAAGUUUGAACCCUGUCAUUGCCGCAGCUAGUUCAAGCUGUAUGAUAGCGGACAAUUACUGACACUAAGGUUCAACGAGAGCAGUUUGGUUGCUGUACUUGAGGCCUCCAAGGACAUAUAUAUGAAGGAAUUCCUUUCAGAGGCUAGUAGAAGCAUGGCUCUGGGAACUGUGGCUGCCCAUGGGGCGUCGUUUGCUGCCCUGCCAGCAUCAUUGCGCACUUUGCAGAGGGCCGCUAUUCCAUUCUCAUCUGCCCUUCUUUUGCACCCUCCCAUAGUUCUACCAAUUCUUUUGAAUUCCACUGGGCCGGUGAUGGGGCUGCAGAGCACGAUUGCAAAUCACACCAAGCCUCUUGUCUUCCAGCCCCUUACAACCUUUCAGGGCAAUGACAUCUUGCGUUCUGGUUCUUUUCAUUCUUUGGAUCCGAUGAGGGCUCUUCACACUGUUCUUUCCGAAACAGCAUCGCCAGGUGCGUUGAAUCACAAGCUAGUGGCGCACGCAGUCAGUGCUGCCAGCAGUCCACAGCAGGCCCUGGCAAAGUCCAAAAAGGGGAAGAAAGCCAAAAAGCAGAGCGCUGUUGCUAAAAAACCAGCAAGCGUCAGUACUUCCAUAGACACCGACAGUCAACUUGGACAGAGUGAAGCCUCUGAGCCCAGCACCAGUAACAGCGAUGAGUUCCCCACUUCCACUGCUGCCAGUGAUGACAUCAUCACUGAUAUCAGCAACCAAACAAGCUCUGAAACUCCCCCUGACACUCCUUCCAGUUCAACACCCCACGAACCCUCUGCGCUUGCUAGGCUGUGCGGCAGAAGCGUUCCUGAUUGGCUGAUAAGAAGGGCGGAAGACCUGGGGUACGGGACGCCCACCGGGGCCCAAACAGAGGCGCUUCCGCUAGCUCUGCAGGGGCGGGACUGCGUCAUUCAUGCUCAGACGGGGUCCGGGAAAACGCUGACUUAUCUGCUACCUGUGCUGUCGGGUAUAGACCCGAAGCGAUCGUCGGUGCAGGCGAUUGUGGUGGUGCCGACCCGGGAGCUGGGGAUACAAGUGGCGCGCGUAGCCCGCCAGCUGGCGGGCAAAGGCAAGGACCAGGUGGCGGACGAGGAGGCUGCUAACACGAAGAAGCUCAAGUCCGGAAAGAUCCAGGUCAUGGCAUUGUUGGACGGCGCAGGGGGCAAUCGGCAAAAGAUCUGGCUCAAGGCGGACCCCCCUCACCUAGUUGUUGGAACCCCCGACCGGAUCCACAAGAUGAUUGAGUACAGGAACCUGCGCACGAACGGGCUCAAGUUCAUUGUCGUUGACGAGUUUGAUGCGUAUCCUGCCGCAACGCGUACGACGGGCAGCCUGAACAAGCUGCUGACGGUUGACAGCGAAGCCGGCGCGCGGCAGACCAUCUUUGCGAGCGCAACGGUGCCGCAGCACAACCGGGCAGUCACGGAGCUGGUCAAGAACAAGUGGGCGCGGAACGACUUGGUGCACGUCCACGUCGAUCCCAUUCAGCACGUGCCCAAGUUUCUGGAUCACCGGUAUCUGGUGUGCGAGGGCGACGACAAAAUCAAGUCGCUGCAGAAAUUGGUCGAGCGGGACCAACCAUCUGCUGCCAUCAUCUUUGCGCACGACCUCACGGAGCGCAACAAGCGCACGGGCGAGACCCCCUCGGUGGAGGCCGUCGCGGAGGCGCUGAGCGAGGGGCAGCCCGAGGCCCUCCAGCCUCUGCUCCUGCAGGAGAACGCGCGCGUGCAGAAGCGCGCGAGCAUUGUGCAGGAGUUUCGAGAAGGCAAUCGACGGCUGCUGGUAGCCACCGACCUGGCCGCCCGGGGCCUCGACCUCCCGGAGGUCAGCCACGUGUACAAUUUUGAUUUGCCGCUGGACGCCACAUCAUACGUACAUAGGGCCGGUAGAACUGCACGGAAGCCCAUUGCUGGGACGAAAGGAACAGUCACGUGCCUAGUGUCCUCGAAAGAGGUCUUUGCCCUGAAGCGGCUGCUAAAUGCUAUACGAGUAGAGGGGGAGGAAAUCGAUGACACGUAAGGCCGCCAAGAGGAGGUGAAGUGAGCGAACGUGCUUCAAGCAACGAUGCCGAAUCGCCAAAGCCGAGAAAGCUAGCAUGUUCGGUUAGAUUGGAUGUUCGCCCGCACUUAAAUUGUGGAACAAGAUUGUUCCUUUGCGCAUUUGCAGUGUGGCACUGCAGCCAGCAAUGCUUUGGUUUUUUUGACACACUCCAAUGUCGGUGGCCGCAGGACUUAUUGAACCUUUCGAUUCCCG